AAAUUGCAGAAACCCGCUCCGCUCGGGGAACAACUCCUGUGCAGUUGCAUCAAUAGUGAUAGCGCUGAAGCAGAGAAGAGAGAAGAGAGAAGAGAGAAGAGAAAGAAGGGUUAUAUACUUACAAGUGAGAUUGAAAAGUGGAAAGGAGAUGGAGAAACAGGAACAGAGCGAAGGCGAUUUGGGUGAUAAGGAGUUGGAAGAAGUGGUGAGGUCUUUGCCUUCAGACGCCGUGAAGGAGUUGUUGUCCCACGGGAUAUGCGUUCGCUGCAUCCUUCGCCUGUUUGGUGUCCAAGGCCGUGUCUAUGCUACUCCUUCUCUCUCCGCUUCCAUUCUUCAACCGCCACCAACACAAAACCAUGAAUCUCAACUUUGCACGCUUUGCUUGGGGAUCUUGCAGUUCAUGUUUUCCACUGACGACGAAACCCUGGUUCAAAACGACGAUCUCCCUCGUCUCAUUGCCGACACGGUUAAACGACAGGACUAUCGCUUCGAUAGCUUUUCCCUUGAAGUUUCCAUCCCUCCUAUCAUCCUUCAUAAUGAUAACUCUCUUCGGUCAUAUAUGAAAACGAAAUAUGGGUCUCAACCUUGGUUCCAAGAAAACUUGCAUAUUGGAUGCAUCUCUACCAAGGACGCCUUAAAAUUUUCUCUAGUACAUCCUCUUGAAAAUCUACUCGAAUGUAAAUCCGGUAUGGGCUCUUUCCGCAUUCGAUUGACAUUCAGUCACACUAAAGCGUCGAUGGGGGAUGAUAAAUGUUCAGAUAGUGCUGAGAGUUGCAAGAGAAGAAAAAUAGGUGAGUCCAAUAUAGUUGGAGAAAGGCCUUUUAGGAGUUCACUACCAAAUGAAUCCUCUGACUGCAGUAAAUUCUUGCUAGAAAUGGUAAAUGAACCUUGCCAUUUUACUUACUUCUGCUACAGGACACCGUUCUAUUUUGGUGGAAGAUACCUGAAGUUUUCACGGAAUGUGAGUCAAACACGCUGGAUCAUUGAUGAUGAAAGAAUGGGUGAAGCAUCAGUUGAGGAAAUAAUUGGUGGAAACAUCCUCCAAGCAUGCCAAGGUGAUAGUUUUAAGUUUCAUGCUGCAGGGAGAGAAGAUAUCGAUGUCCGGAUGUUGGGUUCUGGCAGGCCAUUUCUCAUUGAGGUGCAAAAUGCAUGUCGUGCCCCAUCUGAACUCUUUGUAAAAGAUAUAGAGAAAAUGAUAAACAAUGUGGAUAAUAAUUUGGUCAGGGUGAAAAAUCUGAAACUUGUUGGUAGUGAUGGCUGGAACCUUAUGCGUGAAGGUGAAGCAGAGAAGCAGAAACAAUAUGCUGCUUUAGUGUGGAUUUCUCGUCCUCUGAAGGAUGAAGAUUUCCAAUGUGUGUCUUCACUCAAGGAUUUGAAAGUUUUGCAGAGGACCCCAAUAAGGGUGCUACAUCGGCGCAGUCCUUUAGAGCGGGAAAAAAUUAUUCAUUGGAUGAAAAUAGAGACAAUUGUUGGAAGUUCCCAAUAUUUUCUUUUGCAUCUCUGUACACAGGCUGGGACCUAUAUCAAGGAAUUUGUUCAUGGGGAUCUUGGACGCACCCAUCCUAGCAUUGGAUCAAUUUUGGGUUGUAGAGCUGAAAUUUUGCAACUUGAUGUCACAGACAUCAAAAUGGAAUGUUUCCUGACGUAAUCAAUCUGAUAAUUCAGUUUUAAACCUUUGUUGACUGACUUUGGAGUGGACGGUGCUACAGAUGCGCGUACACCUUCAACGUGAGCUACUUUCUUCUUGUUGCUAAAAGAUUUUCUAGAUCUACAUCUUUUCGUACUGAUGAGCCUCUUAAUUGGAUCCCCUUAAUGCCCAUGAACGACGAGGAAAGAAAUCCUAAAGUAAUUAUGGCUUUAUGAUUGAGGUUUAGGGUAUAUUUAGUUUAGAUUUGAGUAGAAUUAAUUUGAUGUUAAAACAAUGUUAGGUUAGAUAAAUUGAGGUGCACUUACUUUUUAAAGUAUAAAUAUAAUUUUUUAACCUCGUUUCAUAAUGAGAGUGCUCUAGUAGCGGGAAAAAAAAAGGGAAGUUUCUACUUUCCUCUUAAUUACUGUGUAAUUUAACUUUUCUGAUGGCUAACAGUCCGACAGUAAAGAAAGAGUUGGAUGUUGCAUGAUAUCAACAACACCGGAUAGGAUAUAUUCUUUUGC